AUGGAGAUGAAAAUGGAGGAGAUGUUAGUGGCCAGCUGGUAUAAUAUGCAUUCAUCAGUGCCACCAUCUCACGUUCAUCCACCCGAAAGCCGGCCCGGCGAGCUCCUUGUGGCUUCAAGCAAGUCAAUCCCUGUCAUUGAUCUUGGACGAUGUGAUCAUCCUCCUCAUGAUACCUUAUCGCUCAUUAUGAAAGCAUUCCAAGAAUAUGGUUUCUUCCAGGUGAUCAACCAUGGAGUUUCUGAGGAAUUAACGGAGGAUACGCUGAACAUUUUCAAAGAAUUCCAUGGUAUGCCUCCGAAAGAAAAGAUGGCUGAAAGUUCAAAAAGUCCAAAUGGAAUCUGUAAGCUGUACACAAGCUCUGAGGUCUACAAAAAAGAUGCUUAUCAAUAUUGGAGAGAUACGAUGAGACACCCUUGUCCUCCUUCUGGAGAAUACAUGGAAUUUUGGCCCCAGAAACUAGUAAGAUACAGAGAAAUUGUUGGGGAAUACACAAAAGAACUGAGAAAAUUGGGAGUAAGGAUUUUGAAGAUGCUUGCUGAAGGGUUAGGAAUGAAGGAAGAUUAUUUCUGCGGAGAACUGAGUGGAAAUCCUGUAAUUGUAUCUAAUCACUAUCCGCCAUGUCCACAGCCAAAUUUAACGUUGGGAUCAGGGAAACACAAAGAUCCAACUCUUAUUACAAUUCUUCUCCAACCAAGAGGAAUUAAUGCACUUCAAGUGCUCAAAGAUGGCCAAUGGAUUGGUGUUGACCCAAUUCCCAAUGCCUCUGUGGUCAACAUAGGCCUUCUCUUGCAGAUGAUUAGUAAUGGAAGGCUGAUUGGCGCUGAACACAGAGCGGUGACGAACGCGAACACAGCGAGGACAACAGUGGCAUAUUUCAUAAACCCAAAAAAUGAAUGCGUCAUGGAACCUCACAUUUCUAUGAUCACUUCAAGCUCUCCUCCCUUGUACAAACCCAUUUCAUAUUCUGAGUUUCGUAGAAAUUUCUUCACAAAGGGUUCCCCCAUUGAGGCAGAUUUACUACUUCUCCGCUCAUAA